AUGAGUGAUCGGCACUCCUCUGACUUAAUCUCUAUAGACUCAGAGGUUUCGAGAGACCAUGACAAGCCUGUGGGUUUGACUGAAGACAGUCAAGAAAAUCAAGAAAAACAGCAGAAUGAGGGAAGCGGUGCCUCACUAACAGUCUCCCUAACAAAGCUUUCAUCAUACAAACUUGACAAGUCAAAGAUAGUACCCAGAGAGAAACGGCGAGGACUGUUCUCUAUCUUGCUUUUAAUCCCUGAAUACGAUAACCCUCGUGACUUGCCCCCGAUGAUAAAAUAUAUCAUCGUGUUUAACGUUGCGUUCUGCGCGAUGAUAGGACCAAUGGGUACUUCUAUCCUCCUUCCAGCUACAGAGAACAUAUGUGACGAGCUACAUACUUCUGUUACAAUUGUUAAUGUCAGUAUUGGUAUUUAUUUGAUCACUUUGGGAGUUUUCCCGCUUUGGUGGUCAAGCUUCAGCGAGAGACACGGGAGGCGUUCUAUUUAUUUAAUCAGUUUCAUUCUCUAUUUUGCAUUCACCAUUGGCUGUGCCUUGUCGAAGUCAAUAGGCAUGCUUAUAGGAUUCAGGGUCUUAUCGGGAGCUUGCGCUGCUAGUGUGCAAGCAGUUGGGGCGGGGAGCAUAUCAGACUUGUAUCCGAUUCAUCAGAGAGGAGCUGCUAUGGGUAUAUUUUACCUCGGCCCGUUGGCUGCUCCACUUCUGUCGCCUAUCGUUGGUGGUGCUAUCACCUCGAGAAAGAGUUUUGGUUGGAGGGGUACUCAAUGGUUUUUAGUGAUUUUGUCAGGAGUUUGCAUUGUCCUUCUACUUUUUGCACAGCCAGAGACACUCCGACUACAAGAUAAUAGAGAAGCUGUUCGAAAGAUAUUAAGAGAACGCUUGAAGAAGAAUACAGACGAAGAGCAAGGGUUGUCAGACGAAAAUCAGGAGUCAGAUGUACAAGUGGAUCGAAUUUUGUCGCGACUUUCUAGGCAGCCCUCGAGACUCGAAGAUUCAGACCCAGUGGAUACAGUUACUCCCAUUGGGCGUAUAUCCACUCAUGUUUCUCAAAGUCAGCGCCAAGAGGAUUUAGAGAGACUCAAAUUGGAGAUUGAAGAUUUAGAACAACCAGAAAAGCAAGGAAAGGUUGCAGUUUUCAAGCGAAAUCUAUAUACCCACGGUUUCUUGCCAUUAAAGUCUCUGCAUUUUUUGAGGUAUCCACCUGUUUUCCUAGCUAUAUGCUACUCUGCUCCAUGUUUUGCCGUGUUAUACUUUGUCAACAUGACGCUUUCAUACUGCUAUUCUCGACCUCCUUACAAUUUCAACUCCCUUCUGGUUGGUCUUGUCUACAUUCCAAAUUCGGUGACUUACAUUAUAGCCUCAAUCUGGGGAGGCCGAUUCACGGAUUACUUACUUGAGAAAAAACGCCAAAAGUAUGGUAUCGUUGCCCCGGAGGCACGUUUUGGUGUCAACGUCUACUUGGCCGCAGGCAUAUUUCCAUGUUCGCUCCUGAUUACCGGAUGGUGCCUGGAUAAGAAAGAGCACUGGGUUACACCAUUAGUCGGAACAGCUCUUUUUGGAUUUGCUCAAAUGAUUGUUAUCGGAACUACAGUCACAUAUAUUGCUGACUCUUUACCUGGCAGAGGUGCCACGGGAAUUGCACUGUCCAAUUUUGUUCGGAUGCUUUUGGCAGCAGGUGCUUCGUUUGCCACAGAACCUUUAAUCAAAGCUCUGGGAACCGGUAUCCUGUUUUCCAUUUUAGCGGGGUGCACUAUCGUUCUCUCCAGCAUUUUAGCCAUACUCAAGUUGCGUGCUGAUUAUUGGCGAGAGACGUAUAAUUUAGAGAGACUCUAUGAUAUAGUGGACGAUUCAUAA